AACUAAUGAUAAUGACUGCAGUAUGUUGGUUCAACAAUUAGCCAAAACAGUUAGUAAUAGUAUGAAGGAAUUUAUCAGGAAAUCAUUUUGAACAAAUUAUAAUAAUAUAUAUUCUAUUCUUCAAUCGAUAUGUUUGAGUUGAAAAUAUUGCGUCACCUCUCAGAACCGCCAUUCAUCCAACUACGUCAACAUACCGAUGAAUCGGAUAGAAGUACAAGCAAUUCAUUAUCACGUGAUCUUACGUUUAACACUGAUCAAAAAGCUCAAAUACUCACUAUGCCAAUCAGUUUAUAUCGUAGAAAAUACCUUCAAAAAGUGAAUCAAUGGGUAAAAGAUACUACUAACAUUGACAAUACUGCUGAUAAAAAUACUAAUUAUUUCAAUAAUACACAAGAAACAAGUCAAUCAACAACUCAUAUUGUAUCAUCAUCAUCAACAACAACUAGAUCCCGAAACUACUAACAAUUUCAUCAGUAGUUCUAAUUAUAACAAUUAUUCAAAGUAUUAUUUACUUAAAAGUAAUCAUCAACUUGAAAUGAUACAAUCGAUGAGUAAUUCAACACAUUUCUUCUUCACAUUGGCUAGUCAAAUACAACCUGGUAGUUAUGAUAAAAAUGAUUAUCGUAAACCAUUAUGGACACAUAGAGAACAAAGUAAUGGGCAAAGAAAAGAAAAAUUAAAACAAACACGAGAACUUAAUAGAAAACAACAAACAAAAGAAAUGCAAUCAUUCAAUAUAGCUGAUACUAAACAUCCAAUUCAUGAUGCGGUAUACGAUUCAUCAUCAAAUUUUCUACUACAUUGUAUGACAAUUGAUGAAUGUUUAGAUAUAGGAAAACCUAAUACAAUAUCAUCAUCUUUUAUACUUGAAGAAGAUAAUGGAAUGCUUACAAGAACAACAUCAAUUAGUGAAAUGAUGGAAAAUGAUACUACCGCCACAACUACUACUACUACUACAACUACUACUACAAAUUCUACUUAUGAAUGUAUUCGAUUAAAGAAACGUAAAACAGUGAAUAUUCCUAAUUGUGAAUUCAUUCCAAAACAAAUAAAUCGGUAUAAAUUUCAUAAACAUAGGAAAUAUGUAAAUCAACCAUUCAAAUUGACAACCAAAACAACAACACAACAGAAUACAUUAAAACGUCCAGAUCCAUUUGCAUAGUUUCAUUCCACUACUUUUUCCCUUUUUUUUUCUUUUUCUUUCUUUUAAAGGAGGAACUAAUUUAUUACACAAAUGUGUAUACAUUUUCUUAAAUAAUAUUUCUAUCUGAGAGAUAUUCUUAACAAAAAAAGGAGGGGGGAAAUGACAAUACCACAGUUAUUUUAUAUGUACACAUUAAAUAUAAAGAUACAAUUCUUGUCAUCAACACAA